AUGGUUUCACUGCUGAAGUUACUGGCGCUCGGCGCCGCAGUCUGCGCCGAUGAUACGGCCGACGGCUUCAAGAACACGACCGGCGCCGACGAGCUUAGGACCUUCGUCGAUGGCGCGACGAUCUUCGCGAUCGAGUGGACCGACGGCGUGCCGACCGGCUGGGCUUUCGCUGGCGGCGACAACACGUCCACGUCGGUGGACGCCUUUGGCGACGACGUGAGGUGGGACGUCAUCGAGCGCCAUCUCGGAUUACCGCAUCCUCUCUUAGCUGGAGACGCGGGCGACGCCGUGCGCCGCGACACUAUUCUAUAUUGCGGCGCCGCCCGACGACGCGUCCCACGAUGCCGAUUCUCUCAACAGCAACAGCACGUUCAUCAAGAAUUUCGCCGCGCUCUCCAUCGACGAAAAUGACUCUGAUUUGGAGUUCAAUGGGUCGCUAGCGUCGGCCGAGGCGCACUUCGCAGCUCAAGAUGAAGCCACCGCAGCAACAGUCGAGGCUGUACCUGAUGACCCGCCGCCGCCCAAUGAUCAAAAUAACGAGCCCGCCGACGCUGAUUCGGAGCUCGAUGAUCUGUCGUCCUUGUUUGAUCUGCCGCAAGCUCAAAAUAGCGAGGCCGCUGGUUACGAGGCUUUUGAUCCACCUACUCUCCCUCCUACGAACGACGAGACGAUUCCCGCCGCGGCGAGCGACAACGAGGCCUUUGAUCCAACUGCGAACGACGAGGCAAUUGCGCUCGCCGUCGCGUACGAGGAGGACAACCACGAGGAGCGGGGCUGGCGGACGUUUCUAAGCCAGUGGCCCCUCUGGAAGCUUGUGUAUUGGCUCACUGAUCACGAUGAAACAAAGCACCUAGUUCCUGAUGCUUGGCGGCGUAAUCCGGACGCUGCGGACCUAGACGAGGUCAUCGCGCUCAUCGUCGCCGCGUGGCGAACGUUUGGAAGACCGUACGACCGCGGCCCUCGCGAACCCUGGGGGGAAUACGAUGAACCCUGGGGGGCCUUCUUCAACCUAUAA